AUGGCUCGGUUCGCUCCAGCCCGAACGCAUCAAUAUAUGGGCCUGUCUAAGCAUUCCACGAAGCCUGUGCUCACUAAUGUGGUAGCUGGUUCUGCACAAGCUGGGCUCUACGGUGUCAUAUGUCCAAACAACAGCUUCUACGGGCUGCUGCCGAAGAACACCACCUUCUUCAAAAAACUCAUAUAUGAAGGAAGAGCAGCUGUAAAUUCUGUGAUUCCAUUCCAGAAUGCUACGAACACGAGCACGUGCGCUUUUAUAACGAAAGGAUCCGAUGAACUCUCAUUUGGACCAUGUGAUGAAGAUUUCGAUGUUCUCUGCGAUCGACCCAUGGAGAAGGAAGACUACUGCAGAACGGUGCCAAAAUGUUUAACGACGGUUCAUACUACAACAGCUUCGAGCACCACAAGGAGUGCUCACUGUAAAGCAUUUAGGACAAGCGGGACAACAAAGACCACAUCAACUUCGGAGGGGAGUACAUCACACACAGAUAGAAACACAACAACCGCAUUAAAAUCAUCAACAAAUGCGGUGACAAAACCUCUGAUGCGAUCAACAACGUCAAAGACGGCAACUAUUUCCACAGCUCCGACAACAACGACAACUACUGCGAGAACUACGACGUAUAGUUCUACAGAAGAAACGACAUCAAAGCUAACAACAGCUACAACUGUAACAUCAGAAACCGAUUCUACCACACGAAAAACGACAUCAGAACUAGCAGGAACAACCACAGGGGAAACGACAUCAAAUCCACCACCGACGACAACUAUGGCAUCAAAAACCGAUUCUACCACACGAAAAACGACAUCAGAACUAGCAGGAACAACCACAGGGGAAACGACAUCAAAUCCACCACCGACGACAACUGUGGCAUCAAAAACCGAUUCUACCACACGAAAAACGACAUCAGAACUAGCAGGAACGACCACAGGGGAAACGACAUCAAAUCCACCGACAACGACAACUGUGACAUCAAAAACCGGUUCUACUGCAACAACCACGGCAUUAGAACAAAAAGUGAAUGCUGUCAGAAAAUCUCCUGUGGACCAAGCACCUGCUGUCAGGUCUUUCAAAAAUACCACAAGAGCCGUUCGUACUACAGCAGCUAUAGUUCAAGCUGCUCAACAAGUGACGCAGACAGUACAACAAGUACCACCUAAUCCGUAUACAGACGAGAAACCAGCAGCGAUUUUGCCACCGCCAACGACUGUCUCUCAGCCAGUGUUUGUUCCUGUGCCCAUGAAGGAGCUUGAAAAUGAGAAAGUUGUGGAGCCACAGAUUCAAUAUGUUUAUCCUCCGAAGCCAGAGACGGUAGACGUCGGUGUCAAUACUGAUCCAUUUUCACCACCAACUCGUAAACGGAAGGUCAAGAAAUCGGACAAGAUCUCCACCACCGAUUCCCGAUUCUCCACCGCCGAAAAUUCCAUCUUCAUUAAAAGAGAGAAAUCUCCACCACCACCUCUCGAACCUCCACCUUCAAAGCGCUCACCUCUGCUUGAGGAAAGAUCAGCACAUUCUCCUCCAACAAACCCUUCACCUCGGCAGACAAGGCAAUUCCCUUCUCCACCUACAGAACCAAAGAAACAAGCGCAUCGAACUCCAACCAUCCACGAACCAAUCCCAAGCUUUCCGACAGAAACAAGUCCACCUAAAAGGGAAGUUUUCCUCGUGUUCUGA